AUGCAAAAAAGAUCAAUAGAAGAACUUGAUGAUACCAUGGAUCAAACAAUGGGAGAUGAUAUGAUGAUCGAUUUCGAUGAUUUAUUGGCCGAUAUUGAAGGUAAAACUACUGCACCUAAAGUUAAUGACGAGAAAUCGGACUUAAUCUCCACAUUAAAUAAACAAAAACAAGAUCUUUUCAAUACACGUACGGAGAAAAUGAAUGAUAUUGAAACCAUACGGCUUAAGAUUAAGAAGUUGAAAGAGCAGAAGGAAAGAAUCAUAGCUGAGAGAAGUCUAGAUCAUUUAAUUGAGGAAAAUAAUGAACAAUUCGCCAAAACUCCCAUACCAGGAUUUAAUUCCAUGGAAACUAAUGAAAGUGCUGCAUUGGAAAAGAUCAAUGUUGAACCUUCGAAAGAUUGGAUAGACAGAUUGAAUUAUGUAAAGAGGUUUACUAGUGUUAAUGUAGUGAAAGCUCAUAUAGUCUCAGGAGGGACUAUAGUCUAUGACUUUUCGUUAAAUUCAAAAUAUUUUGAUAUACCUAUAAUAAUGACAGUUAAUAAAGAUGAAUCCAUAGAAAAGAUAGAAAUUAAGAACACUAAGGCCAUUGGCAGUCUAUCACCAGAAUUAAAUAAUUUAAUUGUUCAACUGUACAUGCCUGAAUGUAAUAUAUCUGGUAUAGCAUAUGGAUUAAAUUCCUUAUUUAAAAUUCUCAACUCCAGAAUUGAAUCUUUCAUUGAUUUAGUUCAAGCUUUCAAAGAAUACCUCAUACCCAGUUCAAUCAUAUCAUCAGCAUUCAAAAUCUUGAAUCAAUCAAGAAAACAAUUUAUUAUGAGGACAGUAGACCUGUUAGAAUUCAUAAUCAAUCAAUGUAAAAUAAUAUUCUCCUGGGAAAUAAUAGUACAAAAUCGACAUUUAAGUACUUGUGGAUCUAAAUUCUCCAUCAUUCUAGAAAAAGAUGAUAAUAUCAAAGAUUUAACCCCAAUAUAUCUAAGCACCGUCAAUGAUUUAGGUACUUCAGAAGCAUUUAAAGUAUUGAUUAAGAGAUUAUUCGAUAUAACUGUAUAA